CUGCUCAAUAUUUGAGCAAGCACAUUGCACACCAUUGCCCAUAUGCAUAAAACUAACGGUCGGCUAAUGGCUUUGUAAUAAUCGUGCAUAUGAAGAGCAAUAGUGAUGCACCAGUAAUGGGAAAGGCAGGAGUGCUCUGCUGUCCUCUGCUGUUGGCUGAUGCUCAGAGAAGCGCUCGCGCAGCCUGUGCUGCAGUUCCUACAAGACCGAAUCAAACGGAACGAACGGUAACCACGGCACAAAUGUGACGAUGGGGAAGCGCAGCGCUGCCAAAUUGCGUAUUAUUAGGUCGGUGAUUGUAAGUCUAUAUUAAAAAAACAACAAAAAAAAGUGAAACGAAAGACAGCUAUGAUGAAGAUGAUGAUGAUACGCCAGGAAUCGAGUGCGAGACCGUUGAUCGCUCUCAUCAGAUGCUGAUGAUGGUCGCGCGACCUGCGUGAUUUCCUCUCGCUGGAGCUUCCUGGUUCCUUUGCAUCACCUUCUCUGAGUCCCAGCCAACCUGACAGAAUGAUUGAAGAGGGAAGUAAAAGCAGCAAGUCCAUGGUGGAGAAGAGACAGCUCUUCAUGGAGAUGAGGGCACAAAACUUUGAUGUAAUUCGCCUCUCAACAUAUAGGACGGCGUGUAAGCUACGAUUUGUCCAGAAACGAUGCAACCUUCACUUGGUGGACGUGUGGAACAUGAUCGAAGCUUUCCGUGACAAUGGGUUGAGCACAUUAGACCACAACGCAGAGAUUAAUGUGUCACGCCUGGAGACCAUUUUGUCCUCCAUCUUCUACCAGCUCAACAAGCGGCUGCCCACCACCCACCAGAUAAACGUGGAGCAGUCCAUCGGCCUGCUGCUAAACUUCAUCGUGGCUACUUAUGACAGUGAAGGCCAUGGAAAACUCACAGUGUUUGCUAUGAAGGCAAUGCUAGCUACAAUGUGUGGCGGUAAAAUACUGGACAAAUUACGUUAUAUAUUUUCCCAAAUAUCAGACUCCAAUGGGGUGAUGGUCUAUGCCAAAUUUGACCAGUUCCUGAGGGAGGUGCUGAAGCUCCCCACGGCAGUGUUCGAGGGGCCUUCGUUUGGCUACACCGAGCACUCUGUGAGAACAUGCUUCCCUCAGCAGAAGAAGAUCUUGCUGAAUACGUUUUUGGAUGUGUUGAUGGCAGAUCCACCCCCGCAGUACCUUGUAUGGCUACCUCUCAUGCACCGACUCGCUAAUGUAGAGAAUGUCUUCCAUCCAGUGGAAUGUUCGUAUUGCCGGAGUGAGAGCAUGAUGGGUUUCCGGUACCGCUGCCAGCAGUGCCAUGGCUACCAGCUUUGUCAGAGCUGUUUCUGGCGUGGUCAUGCCAGCGGCCCUCAUAGCAACCAGCACCAGAUGAAGGAGCACUCCUCAUGGAAGUCUCCAGCAAAGAAGCUCAGCCAUGCCAUCAGUAAAUCUCUGGGCUGCAUGCCGAUGGGAGAGCCUCCUCACCCCGUGUUCCCAGAGGCGGCGGAAAGACCUCAGGACCUCGCACACACUACUCAGCUGAGGCCAGUGGCCAACAACAUGAACGAUACCGUUCUCAUUUCCCCCGGGACGCCAACGCCUUCAAAAAGUAGCACCCUUGAGAGUCCCAGCAGACUGGAUGAAGAACACCGUCUUAUCGCUCGAUAUGCUGCUCGUCUGGCGGCGGAGGCCAGCAACUCCACUCAAUGCCCUCCAACUGAUCUGAGUUUCAACUUUGAUGCUAAUAAGCAACAGAGGCAGCUCAUCGCAGAAUUAGAGAAUAAAAACAGGGAGAUCCUGCAAGAAAUCCAGCGUCUACGUCUAGAACAUGAACAGGCUUCUCAACCCACCCCUGAAAAAGCCCAGCAGAACCCCACUCUACUGGCAGAGCUACGACUGCUACGACACAGAAAAGACGAGUUGGAGAGGCGCAUGUCGGCCCUGCAGGAGAGCAGGAGAGAGCUGAUGGUCCAGCUGGAAGGUCUCAUGAGGCUGCUGAAGGAUGAAGAGCAGAAACAGGCAUCUCAGACGGGGAGUUCGCCCCACUCAUCACCCAGCCACAGUGCCAGUUGCACCAUGCCCAUGCCCAUCCGCUCCACCUCGGCCGGCUCAACCCCCACACACACACCGCAGGACUGCCUGGCAGGGGUCGGAGAUGACGUGCUGGAUGCCUUCUCUCAGGGUGUACCAAGAAAUCUCCGUAAUGAUCUUUUGGUGGCUGCAGACUCGAUCACAAACACUAUGUCGUCACUAGUGAAAGAACUUCACUCAGUGGAUGACGGUCUGGAGGAUGAAGAGGAGAAUUUGCGAAAUGGAAGGGAGAAGGCCUACCAUUCAAAAGUUUGGGCUGAGUCAGAGUAAAAGAAUAUAGAAUAUUUCAUUGUCAUCGCUGAAGCAUUCUGGGAAAAGGCAAUCCACCCCUUCAUUCUAAGCCCCAGGAAAGAACCAGCGACAUCAAAACCUCCCUGGCAUUCGCACAAAUGCAUGCUCUUCCCCAACUGGGUUUCACUAUGUGAAAAAAAAACUCUUCAUCACAUCUUGCACAGAGCAAGUUGUAUUUAUUAGGAAGUAUAUAAAUAUAUACAGUAUAUAUAUAUAUAAAUAUAAAUAUAGCUCUAUGUCUAUCUGUAUAAACCCAUUGUUAUCAUGUUACCCAUGAGAAUGGCUUGUUUGUGCUUUCUUAAAAAACCUUUAUGAAUUUGUGAUUACUACUCUCGGAAACGAACGCACUGUGCAUCUUCAUGACGUCACUCACUCAAAUCGAUAUAAGCUGUAGCUAUUUUUCCAGAUGUUCCCCACGCAGGAAGCUUUUUUGUAUAAUUAGUGAUGAUUUUUGUGUUUUAAUGCAUGGAGUGGCUCUGCUGGAUAGAUGGAGAGGGCUUGUAUUUGCUCUGCAUGCGACAUUUAUGCCUGCUCCGUCGCUCCUUAUAGUCUUCUGAUCAUCAAACCGCUGCUUCUGCAUCACACGCAUCAGAACCGCCAUAUAUCAGGGACGUCUCGUAGAGCUCGCCGUUUGUCUGGGAUUUCUGCUACUGUGUUAAGUUUAGCCCGUCGUUGUGGCCGUUGUUUUAGCGCUUCAGUAUCGCCUCUUAGUUUAGAGUAGCGCAUUUGUAUCUCUCUGUAUUUCCGGAGAGCAUAAAGGGACUUUGAUGGAAUGCGGAUAGAUUCCGGAUAUCCAUAAACCAGCUUAGCCAGCCAUCUUUGAGUGCACACGUCUCUGUGUAAAAGUUACUUCAAAAGCUUUAUUGAGUUCAGUUAUUGUGUAUAUUUGUGUGAAAUAAAUGAAACAAGUGCUCAGGGACUGUUGAGAGAGGAACACGGUAGCAAUACUUGUGAACAAAUUGGUGGAAUUUACUUUGACCCUCCCAAAGGUCAAAUGUCAAAGAUUAGCACAGGUCAUAAAAUCUUUAUGGAAUGGCUGAGGGUGGUAAACAGAAACGGUAUUGUAUGGAAGCCCAUUUCUGCCACAUAAGAAAAAUGCUUUGGUAAAUCAUAAUUGCGCGAUAAAAGUCUAAAUUAUGAGAUGUCAUAAUUAUGCAAUGAAACGCAAUAAUUAUAACAUAAAACAAAAUGAUGAUAUAAAAGUCAAAAGUUUGACAUAAAAGCUGAAAUGAUGACAAAAGGUAAAAAGUUCAAAUU